GUUAUGAUCCUCCAAGAUUUAUUGAAGAAGUAACCAGGUCGAUCAAAAGAAUUCGGACAAAUAAUAAAGGACAUGGUAUAUAUAUGGCUUUGCAUAUUCCUGUGUUAAUUUAAAGUUUUCUUCAUUUGAUACUGAUGUAGUGAUAUUCCUACUCAAAAUGAAGAUUUUAGCUAAGAUGCGAAUGUCGUCAUCACCCAACUAAAACAGAGUCACUAAAACGACGUGGUUGAAAAACCAAUAGCUGUUGAGAGGGGAUCUGUCAAACAAACCUAUCUAAUUAAGUUUAGGUGAUUAUUUUAUCACUUAAAGACAAGACAAUAGUGUGAUUUAUUCUCACCAUUUGGUCAUAAUGUAUUUACAAUAUUAUGUCUUAGUCAAACCUUUCACACUAGCCAAAAUUUCAGAUCAACAAAAUAUGAAGUAGACCAAAAGUAAACUGAGCUUAAAUUCCUGAUAUACUAAUGUCUUAAAAAGUCAGAACAGCAUGGUCAUUGUUUAUCAGAAAUGCAGGGCAGCAGUUAUCACAACGGAAGACAGCAGGAUGGUGAUCGCGGCGGUGGCCUGUCCUUGUUGCUUCCUUCAACAUGAUGUAUUAUGGAAUAUACAAAGACUUCACCAGGUCCACUCUCAUUAAAUUUUCAACUAGUCUUUGUUUAUUGGAGAUUGAGUACAUACCACAAAGACUUGGAUGAAGGCGUCUGAAUGAUUGCAACGAAUUAAUAGCUUUACCAGUAUACGUCACUGAAGCAUGGCACAGAGGGAGGAACGAGCUCGCCAACCACCUCGCCAAAUGGAUUCUGAUCCAAGGCCUUAUGCCCGGGCGAAUGUUGGUCGUAGUGCUGCUUCCGGUGUUGGUGCUCGCCAUUCGGCCCCUCCCAGAUCACAUGCACCUGAAAGUUAUGAUGAGUAUGCUCGGUAUCCACGGGGUGGCGAAGGCCGCCGGAAUGACUUUGUUCGUGAAGGGCCAAGCAAUGGAGGAGGCCAAGGUCAACGUCAAGGUGAAGGUGAAGGUGAAGGUGAAGGUGGGGGGCGAGGUGCUCCUCCUCGCUGGCCUCGCUGGACGCCUGCCAACCAAACCAAUGAUGAUGACGACGACUGCUCAUCCUCAUCGUCUGAUGACGAGCCUGAAUUCAGAGACAUGCAUAUCGUCAUUGACCGCAACAGGAUUAGGAAUGCUAAAGGCGCCAAGAUUGUCACAGGCCAACGUGUCAAGAGGGAUCUCAGUGUUACUAUAACCAACAAUGUGAUUGGAGGCUAAGAAAAAUACAUAUAUGUAUAUAUAUAUGUAUACUUGGUCCUCUCCUUUCUGUGGUAUUUAUUUCAUGUUGUUAUGUUACAA